AUGCGAUCCCUGUCCGUGAAGAGCCCAGGUCGCGUAUUUACGUCCCCGAAGGUGACUUACAAGUACCGCUACCACCAUCUUUCCUGGGUCAAGAUGUUGCACCUAUUCAACGUCUCGUUGACAGCCUUAUACGGUUUCGUUAUUCUCUAUCUUCUCAACAAGAUAUGGGACAAUAUCAAUUACUCUCGAAAGACUAAGGCUUUCAAAUGUGGCGAGAUCAAGACUUACUCCCACUGGGACCCUGUUUGGGGCAUGGACUUUGUGAUGUCCAUGAGCCGUGCUUUCAAGCAGCAUAGAUGGCUGUCCUGGAUGGAGGAGACUUGGGCUGCUCAGGGUACCAAAACCUUCAAAGCGCGGUUCCUCGGCAUGCGCAUGGUCUACUCUUCCGAAAUGGAGAAUAUGAAGGCCAUGAGCACUAGCCAGUGGGAAGAAUUUGUACUUGAGCCCAUACGAGUCGACAACGGCGUCGCAACUCCGUUCACUGGAAAAGGCGUAAGUACUUCGGAUGGCCAGUUUUGGCACUACAGUCGGGGCGUUAUCAAGCCAUACUUUGAGAGACAAGCUUUUGCCAACGUUGCCAGACUUCAGCCAUUCACUGACCGAAUGCUGGAUCUGAUACCCACGAAUGGGAACACUUUUGACUUCCAAGUCUUGAUCAGAAGAUGGUUUUUAGACACCUCCACAGAGUUCCUUUUCGGCCGUAGUCGUGACAGUCUUCAAAAUCCCGAAAAAGAAGACGUCAUGCUCGCCAUGGUCGACAUUAUGCGUGGCGCUCGCGUACGACUGACCAUGGGGAAGUUCAUGUUCCUUCACCGGGAUCCAAAGUGGUACGAGAGCAUUCGUCUCGUGCACAAGUUCAUGAAUGAAUACAUCGACGAGACCUUCGAUGAACUCAAGCAGCGGAAUGAGUUCCCUGACAAGUUUGCCGACAAACCGGAACGCACGGAUUUACUAUGGGACAUGGCGCACCAGAUAGAGGACAAGAUACUCCUACGAGAUCAAAUCACCGCCGUCUGGGUUCCCAGCAAUGAGACGACUAGUAUCCACAUUUCCAACGCCAUAUUUGCUCUCGCUCGUCAUUCGGAAGUUUGGAAGCGACUGCAGAGAGAGGUGAAGGAUACGUUUGACGAAAGCGAGGAAAUCACUUUUUCCAAACUCCGGGGGAUGCAGUACAUGAAUUGGGUUAUCAACGAAGUGCAUCGAAUCAUGCCCAACGGCAUUCAGAUGAUUCGCGUUGCCGCUCAUGAUACCACCCUUCCACGGGGUGGUGGCCCGGACGGCAAACAGCCCAUUUUUUGUGCCAAAGGCGAUAUUGUCCACAGCAAUCGCUAUCUCAUGCACCGGGAUCCUGACUAUUGGGGCCCAGAUGCGGCCGAGUUCCGCCCCGAGCGCUGGAAAAGCGUCAGGCCAUUGUGGCAUUUCGUGCCCUUUGGCGGCGGGCCACGCAUCUGCCCAGCUCAUAUCCUCGUAGCUACGGAGACCGCGUAUGUUCUGACACGCUUUUGCCAGAGGUUCAAAAACCUCGAAGCUAGAGAUGAUCGACCUUAUGUUCCUGUUAUGAGGGUUGGGCCAAGCAGCCUGCACGGCAUCAAGGUUGCAGUCACCCCGCGAUAG